GUGCGCAGGCGCAUCGCGGUGGCACUCCGCUGGGUUCGGUACGCGCCGGCGGCCGCGGAGACACCAGGCUGCGGAGCUGCCUGCCCCGCCCGUACAGCCCGGCCGCCGUGCGUCGCCCGCACACACCACCGCCAUGGGCUCCUAAGGCCAGCUUGUCACUCACUGAAAGGGAUUCUCUCAGGGAGCCUACUGCUGCUGGGCACCAUGACAGUGAGGGGGGCUGCGCUGGCCCCAGACCCAGCAUCACCCACCACCGCAGCAGCUUCGCCUAGCAUCUCAGCGACCCCCGAGGGCAGUCCCACGGCCAUGGAGCAGCCUGUGUUCCUGAUGACCACUGCCGCCCAGGCCAUCUCCGGUUUCUUUGUGUGGACAGCUCUGCUCAUCACCUGCCACCAGAUCUACAUGCACCUGCGCUGCUACAGCCGCCCCAAUGAGCAGCGCUACAUCGUGCGUAUCCUCUUCAUCGUGCCCAUCUAUGCCUUUGACUCGUGGCUCAGCCUCCUCUUCUUUACCAACGACCAGUACUACGUGUACUUCGGCACCGUCCGUGACUGCUAUGAGGCCUUGGUCAUCUAUAACUUCCUGAGCCUGUGCUAUGAGUACCUUGGGGGAGAGAGCUCCAUCAUGUCAGAGAUCAGAGGGAAGGCCAUCGAGUCAAGCUGUGUGUAUGGCACAUGUUGCCUCUGGGGAAAGACUUACUCCAUCGGAUUCUUGAGGUUCUGCAAACAGGCCACCCUGCAGUUCUGUGUGGUGAAGCCUCUCAUGGCCGUCAGCACCGUUAUCCUGCAGGCCUUUGGCAAGUACCGGGACGGGGACUUCGAUGUCACCAGCGGCUAUCUGUACGUGACCAUCAUCUACAACAUCUCUGUCAGCCUGGCCCUUUAUGCCCUCUUUCUUUUUUACUUUGCCACGCGGGAGCUGCUCAGCCCCUACAGCCCGGUCCUCAAGUUCUUCAUGGUCAAGUCUGUCAUCUUUCUCUCCUUCUGGCAAGGCAUGCUGCUGGCGAUCCUGGAGAAGUGUGGGGCCAUCCCCAAGAUCCACUCAGCCCGUGUGUCAGUGGGUGAGGGCACUGUGGCUGCUGGCUACCAGGAUUUCAUCAUCUGUGUGGAGAUGUUCUUUGCAGCCUUGGCCUUGCGGCAUGCCUUCACCUAUAAAGUCUACGCUGACAAGAGACUGGAUGCACAAGUGCCGACAUACGGCCCUUACGGCCGCUGCGCCCCCAUGAAGAGCAUCUCCAGCAGCCUCAAGGAGACCAUGAACCCACAUGACAUCGUGCAGGAUGCCAUCCACAACUUCUCACCUGCCUACCAACAGUACACGCAGCAGUCCACGCUGGAGCCCGGGCCCACCUGGCGUGGUGGCACCCACAGUCUCUCGCGUUCCCACAGCCUUAGCGGCGCCCGUGACAACGAGAAGACUCUGCUGCUUAGCUCUGAUGAUGAGUUCUAGAUGUGGGCACUGGUGGGGAAGGAGAGGUGCCUCACCAGGGCCUGCCGGGCCUCCUCUAGCCUUCAGCCAGGCUGGGGGAGGAUGGCCAGCACAGCUUUGCUGUUGUCCUUUAUUUAUUGGACCGGAAACAUAUCGCUUCCAGAGGAACAGGCCUCCGGGAACUUGUAUACAUGGCCAAGCCUGCACUACCCAGGAUAGGAGCAGAGGGUACUGGCUGCAGCUCCCACACCUCUGUUGCCCGUCCUGAGCUGGUGGCAUGCUGGAACCAGCUGUGCCUGGGCCCAAAUGCUUGUGUGUGUUGGCCAGAAGCUGCCGCCUAUGCCCCCUCUUCCUCAAGACAUCUGCUGAGGCUGUCAGGCCAGUUUGCCCCAUACCGUGCAAUACCCAGACCCCGUACUGGUCUCUUCUCACCUGUGCCCCUCCCUGUCCACCUUUGUCCAAUAUAAGAGUUGUCUCACUCCAGGCAGGAGGAAGGGACAUGGAUGCUUGGUGGAAACCCUCCCCCUGACCCCACCUCACCUAAGCCUGCCUGGCCUGCUGCAAAGAUCAGAGCCAGACCCCAGGAGCCUCGGGGCUCAGCUAGGAAGGGUGCCUCUGUGCCUGUGGGCCCUUCUGGUAACACAUGGGGCUCUGGGUGUCUUUACUGUGGCCACUCAGCCUGCCUCUUGUCCCUUCCUCCUGGCCUGCCUAGGACAGCCAGCAGCCCACACUGCCCUCUCACUUGGGUCCAGCUCUUGAUAGUUUGGGGUAGAACCCCCGACUUCCUGACUCCUCCAGGUCCUGUGCUCUCUAUCUCCUCCCUAAUGGAGCAGUCAGAUCUCUGCUGGGUCCUGGUCUCUCCCUGAGGUUUGUCUGUCCUGGGUCAGGGGAAAGGUCUAAGUUUCCACAUUUCAGACCAGCUUCCAGGGGAGGCUAGAGGGAUGGUCUGCAGUGGGGGCCAAGGUGGGGGUCCCCUGGCCAUAGGGCUUGUAUUCUGCCUCAUCUGGCCCCCAGCCCGUCUCUUCUGUGCCUUAAGUCACAUAUGAAAGCCCCCUCUCCAGCCCUCAGUCUGUCCCAGGCACCUCUAGGGGCUCCUUACUCAGCUGCUGGCACUCAGGAUACUGCAGUACUGGGUCAGGCACCCACAGCCAGGCCUCAGGAAUGGCUGGGACUACCCAUUCCCUUCCUUGAUAUCCUCUGCACCCACAUCCCCAAUCCUUCCAGGGCUGGGACCCCAGGUAAGCCUAUGCCAGCCACUCUCCUACAAAGAGCCCUUCCCCCAAGAUGGGACAGCAGGGGACCUGGCUGGUGGAACCCAGGCAGUGCUUGGGUUUGGGCUGCAGUAGCUUCUGGAAGUAGACUAAUGAGGGAGAAGGAAGGGCCCCACCUUUUGGCCUUCACUGGAAGCUCUUCCUUUGGUUACUUCUAGAGCAAACAUUCCCUGGGGUUUGCUGGGAGGGACCUUAUGGGACAGUUUCAUCCCAGCAACCUUCCAGCCUCCUCCUCUCUCAUGGCCCAGAGGCCAGUAUGCCAGAGGCCAGCUCUCAGCCCUACCUGGUGGGCCUGGCCAAUGGGUCCCAAGCUGCCCAGGAAGGCAGCUGGCAGGUGGGAGCUGCUUGGGGAGUGGCUCAGGCCCCCCCUGUGCCUGCUCUCACCAAUCUAUUUCGCUCUCCUUCCAGGCCAAAGUGCGUUGCUGACUCCUGUCCCCACUGGUCCCUGCCCACUUUGGCGCUUGCCCACUAGCAUGACGGGUGGGGCUGGGGGGAAGCUCAGUGGCAGGGUUGAGGUCAUGGGGACAGGAACCUGUGCCCAACUGCUCCAUCCACUCCUUCCUAGGAUGCAUAACCUAUCUUGUCUCAUUUAUUUUUUAUUUUUUUUCCAGAUAGAGUAGCUCUUUGUACAUAAAAAAAUACUUGAAAAUUAAUUGUAUGAUUUAUGAGAAGACAGAGCCCCCUAGUUUUGUAAUUCGUAUGAUUGCCACAAGUUCCACCAGAAAGCCACUCUAUUUUGGUCUCUGUGAUAUUUUAAAUGUGUGACAGAAGUGAGCAAAUAAAAUCAGGAAGAAAUAUAUAUAUAUAUAUAUAUAUAAGAUAAUAUAGAUUGUAUUGAAAUCU